UGGCUAUCCUGCUUUUUCAAAAAAUAAUAAUAUUUACAAAUGAUAUUAAUAAACAAAUUUUCAUAUUGAUAAACACAUGACUAGUUAUAUUAGUUCUGUAUUAGGGAAUAUUGUAAAAGUAAAUCUACUUAUAAAACAAUUUAGUUAACAUAACCACACUUAUGGUUGUCAAAUUGUACUAACCUCACAAAAAUGUAUACAUCAAAAACAUUGCACUACACGAAAUCAAUCAAAAGACAAUUAUGCUUGCGUAAUUUCUCCUUAGACAAAACCUACGAUGUCAUUGUGGUUGGGGGCGGACAUGCUGGGAGCGAGGCAUGCGCUGCCGCCGCCAGAAUGGGUGCUGCAACUUUGUUGGUCACCCAUAAAAAAGAAACAGUGGGAGAGAUGUCAUGUAACCCUUCAUUUGGAGGCAUUGGCAAAGGCCACUUGAUGAAAGAAGUUGAUGCUUUGGAUGGGGUUUGUGGCAGGAUUUGUGACAUGUCAGGCAUACAAUACAAGGUUUUGAAUAAAAGGAAAGGCCCAGCUGUGUGGGGUUACAGGGCACAAAUAGACAGAGAUUUAUAUAAACAGAAUAUGCAAACAGAAUUGUUUACUAAAACCCCCAAUUUGGAUUUACUUGUUGCACCUGUUGAAGAUUUAAUUAUUGAAAAUCCUACAACAAAUAUUAAUAAUCAAAGAGUUGUAGACUGUUCAGGCAUAAUAUUAAAUGAUGGUACCAAAAUAAGAUCAAAAAGUGUUGUUAUUACAACUGGCACAUUUUUAAAAGGUCAAAUAAAUAUAGGAUUAAAUGUGUUUCCUGCUGGCAGAAUUGGUGAUCAACCUGCUAUAGGUUUGGCAAACACUUUGGAAUCUCUAAAUUUGAAAAUGGGAAGACUGAAAACUGGAACACCUCCUAGAUUAAAUGCAGAUACAAUUAAUUUCAAAGUCUGCAGCCAACAAAAAGGAGAUGACCCUCCACAACCUUUUUCUUUUAUGAAUGACAAAGUUUGGAUUAAGGCUGAAGACCAACUGCUGUGUUAUUUAACCAAAACUACUACUGCCAUUGAAGAUAUUGUCAAAAAUAAUUUACAUGUUAAUAGGCAUGUUACAGAAGAAGUAAAUGGCCCUAGAUAUUGUCCAAGCAUAGAAUCCAAGGUGCUAAGAUUUGGAGGUAGGCAACAUCAAAUUUGGUUAGAACCUGAAGGUUUGAAUAGUAAAGUUAUCUACCCUAAUGGAAUGUCUUGUACUCUGCCUGAAGAACUACAAGUACAACUAGUUAGAACGAUUCCAGGCUUAGAAAAUGCAGAAGUUUUAAGACCAGGAUAUGGUGUUGAGUAUGAUUUUGUGGAUCCCAGAGAAUUAUAUAAUACUCUUGAAUUAAAAAAAGUCAAUGGUUUAUUCCUGGGUGGACAAAUAAAUGGCACUACAGGCUAUGAAGAGGCAGCAGCACAAGGAGUAAUCGCAGGAAUAAAUGCUGCAGCAAAAGCUUUAAAUAGGAAACCAUUGACUGUAAGUAGAACUGAAGGUUACAUAGGUGUAUUAAUAGAUGAUCUGACAACUUUAGGCACAUCAGAACCAUACAGAAUGUUUACAAGUAGAGCUGAGUUUAGGCUGACUCUAAGACCAGAUAAUGCUGAUCAAAGACUGACAGCAAAGGGGUUUGAAAUUGGCUGCGUUUCAAAAGACAGAUAUGAUACAAUGUUGCGCGUUCAGUCACAGUUAAACGACGGACUCCAGUUGUUGAAGGGCAUUAGCAAGACUGUAAAACAAUGGAGGGAUUUAUGUAACUUGACACCAUCCAGGAGUCACAUGCAAAAAUCUGCAUUUGACAUGCUGGAUACAAACAAUGAAGGCAUCACCAUAAGUAUCUUAUCUCAAGCAGCACCAGAAUUGAAAGUAUUAACAGAAAAUCCUGCUCUGGAGAAUAGGUUACAUAUAGAAGCUUUAUAUGAAUACGCCGCCCAGGAACAAGCUGAGGAGGUCGAGGAGUUAAGACGCGACGAACAGUUGAUAAUUCCCAAAGAUUUAGAUUACAAUUCGAAUUCACUUUGUCUUAGUUGUGAGGAGCGAGAAAAAUUACUACGAAUUCAACCUCAAACGAUUGCUGCCGCGAGUAGAAUUCCAGGAGUUACGCCGUCGUCAGUAUUCCGACUUUUAAGGUAUGUGAAACAAAGAACUGAUAAUGCAGCGUUGUAAAUGUAAAGUUAAAUAAAUGAAUAUAUUUUAUAUAAUG